AUGGCCAAGUUGCUGGUAUUGUCUGCUGUUGCUUCCACGGCCUUGGGCCAGUUUGGGUCAAUCCCACAGCCUGUGCCAGGACAGAUGGUCGCAAUGGAUAGCUGUGCCCAUGUCGUCGACUGCUUCGGCACCUACCCACUGAAGCCCGGCCACACGCGCGAUGAGUUCCCAGGCACAAAUCCAUCUCCGCCACGAAUCGUUCCAGGUAAGACAAGACAGGGCAGGGUAUUUGGUCGAGCACAGCUGACCAGAAGAUUGCAGGUUACGUCGUGCCCAACUACACGAUCGGCCCGGGCGACUCCAAUUGCCCUUCCGGAAACUGCAUCCCGAUUGACCCCAACAACAUCUGCGAUGGGUACGCCCCGGACUGUUUGCCAGGGCCAAACGUGAGGCUACCUUUGCUCAAAUGCGAUCCCAAACAUCCCAGAUGCCCGCCAAAUGGGUUCCUCGUCAUACCACAUAUUUCGUGUCAUCCGGCAGGAAAGACCUGCCCUCCGGGCGGCGUCAUCACGACUCCUGGCUUCUGCAAGCCCGGCGAACACUGUCCCUGUGGUUGCGGAACAUAUCUGCCGCCUUGGGUGACGAGCUGCAGAGCCGGUGAACCAAAUUGUCCGAAUGGCCAGCAUGUGACCGAUCCGCCAAUUUGGCCAGUGUAUCCACCCGGCGAGCCACACAUCCCAGGAUGGCCUUGGGAUCCGAGCAAGACGUGCGAUCCGAGUCUAGGUGGACAUUGUGACGGCGAUGACAUUGUGGUCCCAAAUGGGCCGAAAGACGAAUGCGAUGCCAGAAAGCCCGGCUGCAUUCCGCAGACAUCGAUCCCGCCAACAGCUCCUCCUUCUGAUCCCAGAGAUCCAGCGUGCCCGAAUGGUCAAUGUGUCUUGGUACCUCCUCAGGGUUGUCACCCUAACGACCCACAUCCAGCACCGAACUGCAUCCCGGUAAGUUUGAAGGCGCAGUGGUCUCUGAUGACUUACAUCACUGACCAAGCCAUUGAUAGAUCAAUCCAAUCCCGUGUACUGCUGGCACAGAAGGAUGCCCAGGUGGUGUCGAGGUUCCAGACGUUGUAAACCCGUGCAAGCCAGGUAAGAGAUUCUGUGUCAGAGCCAAUCGCCGACCUGACGACCGCCGAUUGGGCUUCCUUAUGUUGGGCCAUUAGCUGACUUUACGCCCUUCUGCAUGACAGGUACACCGGGUUGUCCACCGAAUGGCUUCAUCACCCCAGAUCGACCUAUCGUGAAGCCAAAUGACCCUGUCAUCCCCAAAGAAAACCCCAGGCUCGAACUAGAUCCAAAUGGUGAGCAGUCGCAGCAGUAUCGAGUCCGAAAUGGUGGAUACUAAUCAGCCGGUCUGAUCGCAGGUCAACAGCGUUGCUCCUUCGUCGAAACCCCACAGCUCCCCAAUGGCAAGAUCGAUCCCGAGGAAUGUAAGAAUCGCGAAGAGGAUUUGAAGCCGCGCUUCUACGGCGACUCCAAGUUCCCAUGCACCAAGGAUGACAAGAAGCCUGCCUUGGGCCCAGAGCUCCAGGGCUGGUUACGUUUCAAGUCGAACGGCAGCGACCUGCCUUCCAAGCACGCCCGAUUCGAAGACAAAAUCAAGUUCUCUGAGGAUUCAAUUCUGCAAGUAGCGCAAUGGACGUUCAAUAAGAGAUGGGGCGUCAGGAUUGACGGCAAGGAUCUCGGCACCACUGAUCUUGGUACAAUGGACCUUGACCGGAAAUGUGGCAGCGAUGAUACCGAUGUUUGUGUGGAGCGGGGAUGUCCGAACGGCUAUUUCUUCAUCCCAGCCGGUAAGUUGCUGGCCAAAUCUUCAUGAGCCAGAGUGUCAAGGGUCAAUUGCUGACUUCUUUGCUACAACAAGGGUACCACCAGAUGGAAUUCAUCCUUCAAGAUGGCAAAAAGGUACGAUAGCCAGAGACGGAGACUAUUCCCAGUGUCUGCCUCAUGUUCAAGUUGUGGGCGAGCCCAACCAAACAACAGCUGACAGGACUUCGCGAGACAGGGUCCUCUGGAGUGGCACAGGGGAGAUUACCGGUUCCUCCAUGUUGCCAAAUGCCAUCCGGAGAAGAGCGGAGCGGGUGAGGGACUCGUCGUUGUCGCGACCGCAUCUCGAGGAACUCCGACUAAUCACGUUGAUAGAUGAUUCGCCAAGCGCAGAAGGAACUUCCAUGGUCAGCCCGGAUCCGCCUUCUUUCGGGCCACCAAAAGAAGAAACUGUCACCGUCCAGACUCCCCCACAGUCGACGACCGACACCAACGCGCCCGGUUACCAGCCGCCAGAGCCACCAAGGACUCAGACUAUGAGUAUGGAGCCUCCGUCGCAGCAAGUAGUUAAUCCACCACCCCAAGCAGAUCCGCCACGCCAGGACAAUGGCGCCAGAAACCCCCCACCGCCGCCACCACCCGAGCCAAGUACAGCAUCGGUACCACCUCCACAAGAACAAGUAGAGCAGCCAACAUCAAGUGCACAGCCAACACCAAGUGAACAGCCAAUACCAAGUGCACAGCCAAAGGCGCCUGGGUACAAGGACUUCCCUUGUACUGAAGACGCCUCAUGGCCGUGUCGAGGUACAGAGCUCGAGAAAUGGAACAACAUGUGGUUCAAAUGGAACUCGCAGUGUGAGUAUUACCUGGCACACUCGAUACCCAAAUGUAGUUGCUGAUGUUUUUCCAGAUCGUCGACCAGGUCCACCAGCUCCAUGGGUCAAGGAGAUCAACUACUCCGAUGACACCAUCUUCACUCUUACUGACGUCGAGAAUUACGUCGAGCAUUUUGAAGUCUUCCUCGAUGGCAAGUCCAUUGGUGAGACUGAGGAAGGUCCACAGCAUCCAUUCCCAGACCGUUGGAGGAGGAAGUGCGGCCACGGUGAGCCAGAGAGGUGUAUGAAAGAUGGAUGGUCGCAUGGCUUUUUCAGAAUCCCAUCAGGUGAGUCUCAUGUUCUCGGGUUCUCCGGCCUAAUACAGCGCUAACCGAGGCUUUUAGGACCCCACACCCUUUCCAUCUCCUGGACCAAGGGCGACUUUAAUAACUGGGUGUAUGCCACCGGCAUGUACCGCUUCGAUGCUCUGUGCACUAAAUGUUAG